AUGAAGGUAUUCGUAGUGUUCGCUUUGUGUCUGGCAGCCGUCGUUGCUGGUCCCGAUGAGGAGGCGUGGUUGCGUUUCAACCGACGCAUGCCAGGUGCCUACCAUACGAUGAAGCCGUACGAAGAACCCCCACAGGGCGGUCGGAUCGUCGGAGGCGUCGAUGCUAGAAUCCAAGAUUUCCCGUACCAGCUAUCAUUGAUUCGUUCAGGAUCGCACGUCUGCGGCGCUUCGGUUAUUUCGGAUCGAUGGGCCCUAUCGGCUGCUCAUUGCACCUAUCCUGUCCCGGAAUUGUCCAGCGUUGCCCUCCGUGGAGGUUCCAACAAUCGCCUCGAAGGUGGAGUUUUGUUCGAAGUUGACCGUAUCGAAAAUCACCCAUCAUUCGAAGACUCGAGCUUAAAAAGAGACGUCUCUCUUUUACGUAGCACAACGGAUUUCAUAGGACCACACAUUGUCGCUGUUGGUUUGCCUUCCGUGGAUACUUAUUUUCCAGCAGGGACCCGCGCCGUUGUGUCUGGAUGGGGCUUGACCAGUUCUCUUGGAACGUUGUCAGUCAUUCUUCAGAGGGCUCUUAUCCCUAUCAUUGAUCAGACAUAUUGCAGGUCACUUUGGCCAUCUGGUUGGGUUACUGAAGAUAUGAUCUGCGCAAGUGAAUUGGGCCGCGAUGCAUGCAACGGGGAUAGCGGUGGCCCGUUGGUGACCGGCGGAGUUCAAAUCGGCGCAGUGUCGUGGGGUUCCAGCAGCUGUAGCGGCAACAUACCCGGAGUUUACGCCCGUAUUGGUUACCCACUAAUUCGCAACUGGAUUUCUGAAGUCACUGGUGUUUAG